CCCAGAGGAGCUCGGAGCCAGACAGGCUGACGUACUGGUUCAUCACUGGAUCUCACAAUAUCUCAUUCAGGACUUAACACACGCAGGGGAACACGAGCUGUUAAACAGGGGCUGUCCUUUCCGUCGUACACACUAACUUGGUCAGGGAAUUUAAGAACAGAAAUGGACUUCAUCCUGCCACCUACUCUGCCAGCCGGUGGUAUCCCAUGGGAGAAGGUUUUACCACCUCUCAUUCCUCGGCUGAAUGGUACCUAUGGACAAUAUAAUUGGUCUCCGAAAUUACUGAUACCAGAGACUGAUAAUACCAGCCCUGCAGAGGUGAACUGUGAUGACACUGGAUUUACAGUUCAAGUUGAUGUUAAGCAUUUCAACCCAGAGGACCUCAUGGUUAAAGUCAUAGGGGACUUUAUAGAGGUUCAAGGAAAGCAUGAAGAAAAGAAGGAUGGUCCUGGGUUUACAACACGGCAGUUUAGCCGCCGCUACCGAAUCCCAAAGGGAGUGGACACCAUGGCUUUGGAGUCAGCAGUCUCUCCAGAUGGCAUCCUUAUCAUAUCUGCACCUAUGCUGGAAAAUGACAACUCCAGAUCCCUGACCUAAUCACAUUAAUACCAUACAAUCAGAUCACUCUACCAUAUUCACCAUGUAUGACAGCAAAUGCAACAGAAGCCAGAACACACAGGCACAAACAGAAAUAACUUCAGGCUCCUCCAGUCACAGCAACACUCCGCAUGUGCCAAAACACACAUUUGUCCUGUUCUUGGCACUGUUCUAAUAUUCCCUGCUCUCUGAGGUUUGUAUAUACUGUCCUGCUAAUAUUCAUCAAUCUUACAUAAUGUUUCAAGGAACUAGUCUUUGUAAAUAUUCUGCGUUCACGUAUCAAACUGCUGUUUUUUUUGUGAAAUUUUUGUAAAAUGCCCUGUAUUGUGAUUGUGAUUAAUGAUGCACAAGCUUAUCUCCAAACUCUUUAAUGUGGAAAUAUUUCUUCAAAAAAAGUACAAAUAAACUUUAUUUCUUUUAUAAAAAUAAAAAAAAGUGACUGCA